AUGUCUGACAAGCGUGAUAUGCUCAUCUGUAAAUGUGAGAAUGCUGAUGUGGCCACCGGCAAGUUUUUCCAAUCUCUUACAGACGCAGACAAAGGCCGUUUUGGGCGGAUUCACAAGCCAAGAAGAAAACUAUACAGCAUAUUGCGGAAACCAGAAAACAGGUGGUGGCCCAGCCCCUAUCUGAGACCUGGAGGCAUGGGAGAGCAAGCUAGAAUUAAUGGAAUGAUACACAUGGGUGAUAAUGAGCCAGUGCCAAAGAAGGCAAACUAUGACAUUUUCGAAAAUAUAUUCUGCAAUGUGAAUAAACAUAACAGUUUAUACUUGAUAGGAUGUAGCAUUGGAAAGUUUGGUGCAGAAUGUCUGAAGAAUUGUCCGUCUAAUUGCAAAAAUAAAUAUUGCAACCACGUCAACGGUGCAUGUAUCGGUGGAUGCAAGCCGGGCUAUCAAGGAUAUCAGUGUCAAGAAAGAUGUAGCAUUGGAAAGUUUGGUGCAGAAUGUCUGAAGAAUUGUCCGUCUAAUUGCAAAAAUAUAUAUUGCAACCACGUCAACGGUGCAUGUAUCGGUGGAUGCAAGCCGGGCUAUCAAGGAUAUCAGUGUCAAGAAAGAUGUAGCGUUGGAAAGUUUGGUGCAGAAUGUCUGAAUAAUUGUCCGUCUAAUUGCAAGAGUAUAUAUUGCAACCACGUCAACGGCGCAUGUACCGGUGGAUGCAAGCCGGGCUAUCAAGGAUAUCAGUGUCAAGAAAGUAAGUAUUUUUAAUUGUUUAAUUAUGCAGAUACAAGCUAGUUUUGAAACUUCUAUAUUUUGUAUAUUUUCCCGAUUAAAUUG